AUGUCAUUACCUGGUCGUGUUAAUUAUUUUCAAGAACGAUGGAAUUUAGAUGCAUGGAAUAAUUAUGCUCGAUAUUCUGUUUAUGAUGAUAUUCCAUGGGAUGAUUUUGCUAAACUUAAUUUUCCUAAUAAAAAAAAUUUACUAACACAAAAAACAUAUAAAAUAAGUGUAAGAACAAAACAAAUUAAUAUUCGACAACCUGCAAUAGUAUUAUUGAAUUCUGAAGAUGCAGGCUCAUUAUUAGAAGAACCCAUCAGUGAUCGUCAAAAGAAAACAGCAGCAUAUUGGAAUGAAAGAGCAGUUAUUUAUAUCAUGGCUUCUGAUGAAUACUUUUACAAACCACAACAUCAAUUGACAACUAAUUCAAAUAAUAGUCAAGUAUCAAAUGAAGGUUUACCUACGAAAAGUAAUGAAGAACUUAUUGGUGCACCUGAUGAAUGGGAAAAAAUGAUUCAACACUACCAACGAAAACAUAAAAAAUAA